AUGUCGGACUCAGAAACUAAUCCCGAUGAGUAUAUUGUGGAAAAGGUUCUUCGUGUAAGAAUUCGCAGUGGUGUAAAGGAAUAUUUCCUGAAAUGGAAAGGUUAUCCUGAUUCAGAGAACAGUUGGGAACCCGAAGCAAAUCUCGAUUGUCCCGAACUCAUCAAGCAAUUUGAAGAGAAUGCUAAAAAGGGAAUGACGAAAAUUCGUUCUGGUAGAGCUUCUAGUGUUGCAUCGAGUGAUGCAGGUAGCGUCAAAUUAAAUGAGACUACCAAAAAUGAACCGAAUUCUUCAACAACCACCACUACCACAGGUGCGGAACCAGAAAAUCCGGUUAAGGAUACCGCUGAAAGCACCUCAAGUACUAGGACAAGAAAACGAAGGACGGGUACCACAGAACCAGAGUCCGAAGAUGGUAAACCCUCUGAUGAGAAUUUGAAAGAAUCUGAAGCUGCUGAAAUCCCCCUUGAAGAAGAUAGUACACCUCCUAAACGCCAAGCACUAUCAGAAAUUCCCGGUUCAACGCAAAAGGCUCGUGGCUUCGAGCGUAAUUUAAAUGUCGAGCGCAUUAUUGGCGCUACAGAAAGUGCAGGUGAACUUAUGUUCCUCAUCAAAUGGCAAGGUCUGGAUGUCGCGGAUUUAGUGCCAGCGAAGGAGGCCAACGUCAGAUGUCCCCAAUCGGUUAUUAAGUUUUACGAAGAACGCUUGACUUGGCAUACUCCUGAGAACAAUCAGACAAGCAAUAUGUCGUAA